GGGGACAGCUGCCCCCGCGCAUGCGCGAAUAUCUCCAAGAUGGCGGCUGCGGCGGCUGCGCGAGCGAUUCCUAGGAGGCCUGGGCUUCGGGGCUUGAAACGGACACUGCCUCUUGUAGUGAUUCUCGGGGCCACCGGCACUGGCAAGUCUACCCUGGCGUUGCAGCUAGGCCAGCGGCUGGGUGGCGAGAUUGUCAGCGCCGACUCCAUGCAGGUCUAUGAAGGACUAGACAUUAUUACCAACAAGGUUUCUGCCCAAGAGCAGAGAAUCUGCCAGCACCAUAUGAUCAGCUUUGUGGAUCCUCUUGUGACCAAUUACACGGUGGUGGACUUCAGGAACAAGGCAACUGCUCUGAUUGAAGAUAUAUUUGCUCGAGACAAAAUUCCUAUUGUCGUGGGAGGAACCAAUUAUUACAUUGAGUCUCUGCUCUGGAAAGUUCUUGUCAGUACCAAGUCCAUGGAGGUGGAUGCCGAGCAAGUGGUUGACCGGAAAAUAGAGCUGGAAAAGGAGGAUGGCCAUGUGCUCCACAACCGCCUACGCCAGGUGGACCCAGAAAUGGCAGCCAGGCUGCACCCACACGACAAGCGCAAAGUGGCCAGGAGCUUACAAGUGUUUGAAGAAACGGGAAUCUCUCACAGUGAAUUUCUUCAUCGUCAACAUUCAGAGGAAGGUGGUGGUCCCCUUGGUGGCCCUCUGAAGUUCCCCAACCCUUGCAUCCUCUGGCUUCAUGCUGACCAGACAGUUUUAGAUGAGCGCUUGGAUAAGAGAGUGGAUGACAUGCUUGCUGCGGGGCUCUUGGAGGAACUAAGGGAUUUUCACAGACGCUAUAAUCAGAAGAACUCUUCAGAAAAUAGCCAGGACUAUCAACAUGGUAUCUUCCAGUCAAUUGGCUUCAAGGAAUUUCAUGAGUACCUGAUCACUGAGGGAAAGUGCACACCAGAGACUAGUAACCAGCUUCUAAAGAAAGGUAUCCAAGCUCUGAAACAAGUAACUAAGAGAUAUGCUCGGAAGCAAAAUCGAUGGGUUAAAAACCGUUUCUUAAGCAGACCUGGUCCCGGUGCCCCCCCAGUAUAUGGCUUAGAGGUGUCUGAUGUCUCAAGAUGGAAAGAAUCUGUUCUUGAACCUGCCCUUGAUAUCGUACACAGUUUCAUCCAGGGCCACAAGCCUACAGCAGCUCCAGUACAGGUCCCAUACAGUGGAACUGAGAACAAGCGAAGUUACCACAUGUGUGACCUCUGUGACCGGGUCAUCAUCGGGGACCGAGAAUGGGCAGCACAUAUAAAAUCCAGAUCCCACUUGCACCAGCUGAAGAAAAGAAGGUUGGACUCACAUGCUGUCAAUACCACAAAAAGACAGACUACUUCCUGAGACUGUGAUACCAAGCCUAAAGAGAAGGGAUCCGCAGGAUAGAAUGAUCCAGAGCCAGAGUCUGGCAGUUAGGAGACAUUUCCAGGGACUCUGCAGAGGCACUGGGGAUCGGCAGAGCAGGGCAUUCUGUCUGGCGGUCUCCUGUUGCUGGGCUAAGGAGUGCUGUGUGGAGAGCCCCACCGUUUUCUUUUAUUCAGUAGUGAGGUCUCAGAAGUUUUGUGUUCUAUAUAAUGGAAACGGCAGGUCUUCCAGCUCCUGUGGCUGUUGUGUCUGGUGAUGGUAUAGUUUAGAGUGGGUUUUUCUUUUUCUUUGAACCUUAAAGUUUCUAUAUUUGAAAGAGAUAAGAUUGCACAUUUUUAUACUUGAGGAUCUUUUCUCAUAAAAGAAGUUUUUUGUCCCUGACAUUGACUAAAAGUAUCUAAUCUCCUGAUGCUUUCGUAGAUGACUGAAAUAUUGUGAACCACAAAUCAGGAGUUCUAGAUUUGAGGGGGUGGCAGGAAAGGACCAGCCCCUGUGAGGUGAUUAAGUAAGCUAAACCAGCUCUUGGGAUUCCACAGAGGAGAAAAUCAGAUUGAGAUGACUGUGAUCUGGGACUUGAAGCCUAAAGACUGAAAUCUGUUGAUCUCCUCCUGUGUGAUAAUUGUUAUCACUGCUGACUUUAUAAGGUAGAAAUACAUAUACACAGUGUGUGUGUGUGUG